AUGGCUCUUCUGGAUGAGCCUCAAACUUGUCGCUCUCACUCGAAUCGAGAAGAGGGGGGAAUUGAAAGGUCUAGAGGGAGACAGAAGAAAUUGCCGACAAAUAUCCCGCUGCUACUCAACACCUUGAAGGCAUGCACGAGCACAAAAGACCUAGAACGGGGCAGAAGAAUCCACUCCGAGGCAAGGAAAGCAGGGGCCGACACCAACAUAUUCGUGGCCAGCAAGCUGGUGAAAAUGUAUGCCAAGUGCGGCAGCACGGCAGACGCCCGUACGGCUUUCGACAAAGUCCACCACCCCGACGUCGUCCUCUGGAAUGUUCUCAUCCUGGGACAUGCUGACAAUGGCGAAGGCGACGUGGCUCUGGAUUUGCUUCAGCAAAUGCAAGCCUCGGGCUGUGAGCCAAACUCGAGAACAUUUGUCGCUGCCGUGAAGGCCUGCUCGAACUUGGCUGCGAACGAAGAAGCAACACAAGUUGGCAGCAGCAACAGGAUGGUGAAAGUCAGGGCCUUGAAGAGAGGGACGAAAGUUCAUGCACGGGCUGCAAGCGGGGGAUUUGACACCGACAUCUUCGUCGCCAACACGCUCCUUGACAUGUACUCCAAGUGCGGGAACAUGGUGGAAGCGAGGAAGAUCUUCGAUGGAAUGGCCUUCCGCGAUGCUGUUUCGUGGAACUGCCUCAUAUCCGGGUACGCCGAGCACCGAGAAGACCUCGAGGAAGCACUGCAGCUGUUUGUGACGAUGGUCACCUCCUCCGACUGCGAGUGUGACCAUCGAAGUUUCGUCGCUGCAUUGAAGGCCUGUGCUGGGAUUGCAGCCGCGAGUAGAGAGGAAGCGACCAAGAUCUCAGUAAACGACAUGGAGCUGGCCAGGAAAAACAGCUUUCUUGCUCUCGAGAGAGGCAUGGCGAUUCAUGCUCGAGCGUGUCUUCACGGCUGGGACUCCAACAUCUUUGUGGCCAACACUCUCGUCGACCUGUGCGUGAAGUGUGGAAGAAUGGUGGAAGCUCACGGUGUCUUCAACCGCAUGGAGCAGCACGACGUGGUCUCCUGGAACAUUUUAUUGCUGGGAUAUGCCGAGUCGAAGUCCGUGAGCUCCAGCUAUGAAGUUCUUCGUCUCUUCUCGGCCAUGCAAGCGGAGGCACGUUGUCAACCAGACGCUCGGACCUUCGUGGCGCUGCUCAAGGCCUGUUCUACUUUAGCCAGUGAAGAACAAGGCGCCAGGCAUGGAGCGUCAAAACAGGCAGCUCUGGACAAGGGAAUGGCUAUUCACUCUCAAGUCAUCAAGCACAAGUGCGAGUCGGACAGCUUCGUUUGUAGUUCGCUGGUGGAAAUGUACUCCAAGUGCGGCUGCAUGGAUCCUGCAUACAGUGUUUUUGACGGCGUGAAGCAGCAGCAGCGCGGUCUAGUGCUCUGGAACACGCUGAUACUGGGAUACGCAGAGAACGGACAAGCCGAACAAGCUCUCCACCUUUUCGAACGGAUGACCACAGAGCAGGAAAUAUCUCCAGACUCCCGGACGUUCGUUGCUGCUCUCAAGGCUUGCACGGGCUUGGUGGCGGCAGCGAGUGAAAGCAGCGGCGAGGCACUCAACACUCGAGCCGACGCGAAGAAGCUGGCUGGACUGGAGAGGUGCAUGGCUCUCCACGCUGCCGCUGCCAAGACUGGAUUCGACAAGGACCUGUUCGUGAGCAGCAGCCUGGUGGACUUAUACGGCAAGUGCGGCAGCAUGAGCGACGCUCGGAGGGUCUUCGACGGCAUGCCGGUUCACAGCUCAGUGUCAUGGAACUCGCUCAUCCUCGGCUACACGGACAACGGCCAGGAGAGAGCCGCGUACGAGGUCUUCGUGAGGAUGAUCGACUCGCAGGAGGCCGGGUAUGGCUCCAGGCCCGACUGCCGGACUCUGGUAGCGGUUCUCAAAGCUUGCGGCAACGCGGCGGACUUGCAAGCCGGGAAGGCCGUCCACGCGAGCGCUUGUAAGGCCGGACUCGACUCGGAGGCUCUCGUCGCAACAGGACUGGUGGAUUUCUACGGCAAGUGUGGCAGCAUGGACGCUGCUCGUCGCGUCUUCGACUCGGUCGAGGCGAGAGGCACGGACUCGGUGGCAUGGACGGCGCUCAUAGCAGGGUAUAGCCGCGAGGGAGAGACGAAGCUGGCGCUGGAGCUCUUCCGGGAGAUGGCCUCUUCCAGCUCUCGCCUUCCAGACGGUGUCACCUUUCUCGCCAUCCUGAGCGCUUGCGGCCGGGCUGGGCUGGUGGACGCUGGGAGAGAGAUCUUCCAGGGAAUGGUAGCGGCGAGUUGUAGCUCCGGCGAGGUGGUGGCCAGGAUUGAGCACUACCACUGCAUGGUUGAUCUUCUGGGACGCGCGAACGAGCUUGAGGAGGCGAUGCUCGUCGCGGAAACCAUGCCUUUCGAGGCCGGCGUGGAGACUUGGACGAGCUUGCUGGCCGCGUGUUGCAAGUGGAAGAAUGUGGAGCUUGCAGUGCUCGCGUUUGAGAGGGUGCUGGCUUUGGAUCGAGGGCUGGCGGCGCCGUAUGUGCUCAUGGCGAGCUUGUACGAGAGCUUGGGCUUGUGGGAGGAUCAAUCCAGGAUGCUUUUGGCUAUGGAAGAGAAAAGGCAAGCUAAUGGUUUUUCUUCACGUUAA